AUGUUGAAUUUACCUAAGGAAGUGCUUCUCUUCUUUGUAAGCAACUAUUAUGAUAUCAUCUUGGCUGUAGUGCUUUCUAUAGGAGUAGCGUUCCUCCUCUCCAAGGCUUUGAGAAGAGGCUCACAUAAGGCAGAUGGCAUUCCCGGCCGGCUUGGACUCCCUUUAGUUGGUGAAACUUUCUCAUUUCUGGCAGCAACCAACAGCACUAAAGGGUGCUACGAUUUUGUCAAACUCCGACGAUUAUGGCAUGGAAAGUGGUUCAAAACAAGGCUAUUCGGAAACAUCCAUGUCUAUGUUCCAAGUGUUGAAGGGGCAAAAACAAUAUUAAGAAAUGACUUUGGACUAUUCAACCGGGCUUAUGUCAAAUCAAUGGCAGAUACUGUGGGGAGGAAGAGCUUGCUCUGUGCUCCUCAAGAGACUCAAAAGGAUUAG